CCACCUUCCGCCGCCAUGGCCGCCCACCACCCUCCCCACCUCCUCCUCCUCGCAGCGGCGCUGCUAUCCUAUGCCGCGAUCCCGUCCCUCUCCCUCCCGCAGUGCCCCCCGUGCGGGGCCACCAUGGUCCCCUACCCCCUGAGCACCGCCCCCACCUGCGGCGACCCGGCCUACAAAAUCCGGUGCUCCGCCGCCUCCACCCUCCUCUUCGACUCCUCCAACAACACCUACCCGAUCGCCUCCAUCUCCCCCUCCACCCAGCGCCUCACCAUCACCCCCUCCCCUCCCCCCAACACCUGCCUCGCCGCCGACCUCCCCUCCAACGGCCUCCAGCUCAACCCCUCCGCCCCCUUCAACAUCACCAGCAGCAACACCAUCUUCUACCUCAACUGCUCCGACUCCAUCCUCAACUCCCCCCUCAACUGCACCUCCACCAGCCUCUGCCACGUCUACAGCAACGCCACCGCCAGCCCCUGCCAAGGCACCCAGUGCUGCGCCUUCCGGGCUGGCGGCUCCACCACGGCCUACCGGAUCCGGGUCAGGCAGGAGGGCUGCCGCGCCUACCGCAGCUUCGUCAACCUGGAUCCGGACUUGCCGGUGGACAGGUGGCCGCAGCCAGCGGUGGAGCUGCUCUGGCUGCUGCCACCUGAGCCCGUCUGCACGGCCCAGGCGGAUUGCGGAUCCGGUUCGACCUGCGGACCAGAUCGGAACUCAGGCGGGUCGGUUAGAAGGUGCUUUUGUAAUUCGGGUCUGGAGUGGGACCCGGUUUCCGGACUAUGUGCUCUAGAGUGUAAAGAUCCAGAUGGCUGUGGCAAAGAUCGGACUGCGCUUAUUACAGGUGUGACCGUUGGUCUUGGUGUGGCGCUACUAGCAUCCCUCAUCGGCUUCUUCUUCUACCGGCGCCACCAGCGCAUCAAGCGCGAGCAGGAUCGCCUCACGCGCGAGCGUGAGGAGAUCCUCAACGCCGGUGGAGGCAAAUCCGCGAAGGUCUUCACCGGCAAAGAGAUAAAGAAAGCAACCAACAACUUCGCCAAGGACCGCCUCCUCGGCGCAGGCGGCUACGGCGAAGUCUACAAGGGCAUCCUCGACGACGGCACCAUAGUCGCCGUCAAGUGCGCCAAGCUCGGCAACUCCAAGAGCACGGACCAGGUCCUCAACGAGGUACGGAUCUUGUGCCAGGUCAACCACAGGAGCCUCGUAGGCCUGCUUGGCUGCUGCGUCGAGCUGCAGCAGCCACUGCUGGUCUACGAGUACAUCCCUAACGGGACCCUCCUAGACUACCUAGGAGGCCCCAAGAGAGAGCUUCUCUCUUGGAAACGCCGCCUCAGCAUCGCCCACGCGACUGCUGAGGGCCUGGCCUACCUCCACUUCUCAGCAGUUCCACCCAUCUACCACCGCGACGUCAAGUCAAGCAACAUAUUGCUCGACGAGAAGUUGAACGGCAAGGUGUCCGAUUUCGGGCUCUCGCGCCUGGCCCACACGGAUAUGAGCCACAUAUCCACGUGCGCCCAGGGCACGCUCGGGUAUUUGGACCCAGAGUAUUACAGGAAUUACCAGCUUACAGACAAGAGCGAUGUUUACAGUUUUGGAGUUGUUCUGCUGGAGCUGCUGACGUCGCAGAAGGCGAUCGACUUUAAUAGGGACGCGGACGACGUGAACUUGGCGGUGUACGUGCAGCGGCUGGUGGAGGCGGAGAAGGUGAUGGAGGCGGUGGAUCCGGCACUGAAGGAGGGGGCGAGCGGCUUGGAGCUGGAGACGAUGAAGGCGUUGGGGUUCCUCGCGGUCGGGUGCUUGGAGGAGCGCCGCCAGAAUAGGCCGUCGAUGAAGGAGGUGGCGGAGGAGAUUGAGUAUAUCAUUAGUAUUGCGACGGCGAAGCCCGCCGAGGCUUAGCUUUGAUCGGAAUUAAUAUACAUAUAUGCAUACAUAUAGUUAUGGCAGGCUUUUUUUGGAGGGAGCUCUUUCUUUGUUUUUCUCCUUUGGUUUUUAUUCCUAUACUUUAAUGUUGAUUUCACUGAUUGUACAUAGUUUGUGGUUAGCUAGUGAACACUUUUUCUUUGAA